CAGAACCUCUACACAGCCUCUAAAGACAGAGAUGGCCACAAACACUCCUUUUCACAUGAAUGGUGUUGCAUUGUCCAGAUUUUAAUAAUAGAUUUUCUUCUCUUUAAGUUUGAAUGGAUCAAUUAAUGAUGAGCCAAACACAACUCCCUUAUACAGCUAUGACGACUACUACCAUGGAAAUCUUGAUCCAUCUGAGUUUUCCCCCUGUGAUUAUGGCAGUCAUGCAUCCAGCAUCCUACCUGUGUUAUACUCCAUGUUCUUUGUGGUGGGCAUGCUGGAUAAUUUACUGGUGGUCUGGGUGAUCUUGAUGAGUCUGAAGCUGAGCAGCAUGACUGACAUCUGUCUUUUGAACCUGGCUUUAGCUGACCUGCUGCUGGUCUCCUCUCUCCCUUUCUUGGCACACUAUGCCAGAGAUCAGUGGAUCUUUGGAGGUGCCAUGUGCACCAUUGUGCUAAGUGUCUACCACAUUGGGUUCUACAGUGGGAUAUUCUUCAUUGUACUGAUGAGUGUUGAUCGAUAUUUAGCUGUUGUUCAUGCUGUGUUCUCUUUGAGAGUCAGAACAAGGACAUACGGGAUUUUAGCCAGUGCGGUCAUCUGGUUCAUUGCGAUUGCAGCUUCAUUUCCUGAGCUGAUCUACCUUAAUAUCAGUAAAUACAAAAAUCAAACCCUCUGUCAAUCAUAUCCAGCGAGUGAUGGAGAGUCUCACCGUCAUUCAAAGACUGUUGGUAUUAUUAAAAUGAAUGUUUUGGGAUUAAUAAUUCCACUCAUUGUCAUUGGAUUUUGUUACUUAAUGAUACUGAAAAGACUCUUGAGAGCUCGCUCUUCCAGAAAACAGGCCAUGCGGCUUGUCAUUAUAGUUAUGGUGGUCUUCUUCUGCUGCUGGACUCCAUAUAAUGUUGCAGCUUUUGUGAAAUCUUUAGAGCUGAAUGAAUUUAUAGAUUCAUCCUGUGAAAGCAGCAAGACAAUCACUCUUAGUCUCCAGAUCACAGAAGCUGUGUCUUACUUGCACAGCUGCCUUAAUCCCAUUCUCUAUGUGUCUGCAGGAGAGAAAUUUAGUAGGCGUCUUUUCCUACUCCUGAAUAAAACACCCUUCAGCAGAUUACAAUUCAUGAAGAGUUGCUUUACACAGACCACAGGAUCUGUUUAUUCACAGACCACAGGUGUGGAUGACAAAUGUACUACAGCAUUGUGAAAGUAUACUAAUACUAAUAAAA